AUGAUUACAAAAAAUGAACUGCGAUUAGAGACUUCACAAUUUUUCAAUCUCGAGUUAAAAGAGUUUAUCGAACUUCUUUUUCGAGACUUCAAUUCGUCUUUUGAAUUCAUCAGUGUAGCGAUAACUGGUCUCAAUGUGGAUCAUAACACUUCGAUUUGUUCAAAUUCGUUAUUUUAUUUUGUAUGUGCUGUGGAAUUUGAUGAUCUUAAAAGUAAGCGAACGACAUCUUUACCUGACAGUAUUAGAAAUUUCAAAUUGAAAUAA